UUUUGAGUUUGGGAGUGUGGUGGUGGCUAUGGAGGCGGAGCUCGCUCUCGUUGGUCGACUUCCCCGCUCGUCCAGCGCCUUUCAUUCCUGACCUUCAUUUUGCCCCUUCUGCUGCACGCAUUGCAGCCAGUUGCUUCCAAGUCUGACAUUUCUUCCGCCGCUUGAUACGAAUGGAGCACGCUGAGCCUUAAUUCUCUUGUCCGAUAGUAUUUUCGUUACCAGCUAUGUGCAGUGCAGUGUGUUGUCGCGGCAUUUUCAAGGAUUUUGUGGGACGAGAAUUUUGGUGUUGAAGGGAUAGAGGUAGCUGCUGUGAUGUGAAUGUAUAUUUGGCGUAUUAUUCAUCUUGUGAUAUUCAGGGUAUGAGGGUCUUGAAGUUUUUGGUUCGCGGCCCUUGUUUAGUUUGAGUGUCUCAAUCGUGGUGAAGCCCUGCCGUCUGGAACGUCAGGGAUCUUCUUCGCAUCCAAGAUGGCGCAUGCAUUAGGUGUGAUCGGUCUACACGGACUGCAGCUAUCACAGACUAAACAGCACUAUGGGCAAUCACUGCAUGUUGAGAGUUACUCGGGCAGAUUUCAAUAUUCACAAGACACUGCUGGAGCCGCAUGCUUCCGUGAUAAACCUUCGCCUCCUGUUGUCGCUAGUUCUCUAACCAGUAGUAACGAGGAACAGAUUGCAGUGAAAAAGGAGAAGACGAGAGGGUCCUUGCGGAAAUGCAAAGUCGCAGGACGCGUAGAGCUACCAUCUCGUGAUCAACAACAAUCAGUCGCUCGUGCUCUUACAGUGCUCCACGAGCAUAUAUCCGGUGUUGCGUUGCAGAACAUUGCAUUGUCGGAGGAUGAAUUGUCUCGAUAUUCGAGUAUUUUGCCUGACGCCUCUACUCUCCUCCGUCGCUCAAUGCUUGAAGCGCAGUGGGCAUUAACACUCAAAGAGCUUAUGCAUGAACAGAAGAUGGAAGAGCAGAAGAAUUCUAGGCGGGCAGGCAAAGGAAAAAAGAGUUUUUCUUUGGAAGUGACUGAGGACGUAUCCCCUGGGAGUACCUCAACUGCUACAGGAGAUCUGGCAGUUGAAGAUCUUACAGAUGAAGAGAAGGUCACAGAGCGAAAGGUCACAAGGCGAAGAGGUAAAGGGAAGUUGAAGCAAGUUGAGCGGAAGCAAGAUACUAGCCUACAGGAAACAGGAAAUGUCCACACCGAGGGCUCAGAGGAGGUGGUGGAUUACUUUAGGUCUGGAGAGCAAUUGAAAGACCUAAAUACAGCAAGGCGGGGAGGUGAAGGGAAGCUGACGAAGUUUGAGAGAAAACUAGAUUCUAGCUUAGUGGAGGACGCAUGCCCCGAAAGCACCUCUACUAUGACGACAGAGUUGGUGGUGAAAUCCGGCAGUCCGUCUGCUCGUACUCGGCGCCUGGAAUCUCGUCAGAGACGUGUUGCAAUUGCAGGGAAGCCUACCUCUCCAGAUGCUCUUACGAUCCACCCCUUGAAGAAGUAUCAGAAGGGAGAACGUGUUAGGCGUGUCAAAUUUGAUGGGGUUCAGGACUACUUGACUACUUACCUGCGAGAAAUUACGAAGAUUAACCUACUGACGAAGCAGGAGGAGGUUUUUCUGUCUAAGAAAUUGAGAAUCGGCCUCAAUCUUUUAGAAGAGAGAAAAAAAUUGGCUGCCGAGCUUGGUUAUGUACCCUCUAAUGAAGAGUGGGCUCCUCACAUGAACCUAUCGGUAGGAGAUUUAGUGAGGAAACUCGGAGAAGCAGAAUGGGCGAGAGAUAAGAUGGUGAUGGCAAAUUUGCGACUUGUAGUUUCUGUUGCAAAACAAUAUCAUAGCUUCGGACUUGAGAUGGCAGACUUGAUUCAGGAAGGUUCCAUCGGAUUGUUACGUGGGGUAGAGAAGUUCGAUCACACUAGGGGAUACAAACUGUCAACUUAUGUUCAUUGGUGGAUUCGCCAGGGAGUAACUCGAGCGAUAGCCGAUCACUCCAGAACUGUGAGACUUCCAGUUCAUGUACAUGAUACACUGGGUCGCAUCAGGAAGGCAAAGUCGACACUGCUGUCCGAAGGUUGUACCGCGUCUGUCCAGGAAAUUUCAGAAGCGACGAAUCUGACUGGCACUAAAAUAAAGAAUACAUUGCAGGUGACUAAGAAGCUUGUUUCUUUGGAUAAAGAAAUAGGUCGAAACACUCUUCAGAGCGGUGAUGGAGAGACGCUUCAUAGUUUGGUGGCCGACAGGGACAUCGAAAAUCAACCUUGGACAAUCGUAGAGAGAAUGCUUAUGAAGGAUGAUGUAGAUAAAUUACUUACUUCUCAGCUAGGCCCUAGGGAACGAGAUAUUGUACGACUUCAUUAUGGAGUGGGCCGAGAAGAUGGUUCUGUUAUGUCACUAGAGAGCAUCAGUUACAGAUACGGGGUUUCCAGAGAAAGAGUUCGGCAACUGGAGACGGCAGCCAUGCGGAAGUUACAGAUCAAGAGUAGAGAGCAAGGACUGGACCGCUAUUUACAUUCCAUGCAAUAGCCUCUAUCCUGUACUCAUACACUGUAUCUUGUAUCAAUCCUUAGCCAUCUCCUGUGUACUAAUUCAUUAUACUGCAUUCAUCUCAUCGUGAUCUUGAGAUGUGUGCAUAACCGUUAAGACUUUUGGAUGGAUUCAUCUGUUGGGUGCUUCAUCCGAAAAUCCGAUGUGACGACAUUUUCAGUAGUGUAGAAACUCGAGAGACAAGUGAAAGCGUCAGAAGACAGGGAACAAUUUGUAAGUCCAACAUAUCAUAAAUGUAUAUUGUGAUUAUCUCAACUUUGAAGCUAAUUUGACAAUCCGAUUUCAAUAUUA